AUGGAGAAUUAUCAAAAGAUUGAAAAGAUCGGUGAGGGAACCUACGGUGUCGUUUACAAGGCCCGUGAGCUCACUCAUCCCAACCGCAUCGUUGCUUUGAAGAAGAUUCGGCUCGAGGCAGAGGAUGAGGGUGUUCCAAGCACAGCUAUUCGGGAAAUCUCGCUACUCAAAGAGAUGAGCGACCCAAACAUUGUACGACUUCUCAACAUCGUUCAUGCGGACGGCCAUAAACUCUAUCUCGUCUGUGAAUUCCUGGAUCUCGACCUCAAGAAAUACAUGGAGGCGCUCCCUGUGAGCGAGGGUGGACGUGGAAAGGCGUUGCCAGACGGUUCUGCGCUCAGCAAAAGCCUGGGCCUGGGAGAUGCCAUGGUGAAGAAGUUCAUGGCUCAGUUGAUUGAGGGAAUUCGCUAUUGCCACAGCCAUCGUAUUCUGCAUCGAGAUCUGAAGCCUCAAAAUCUGCUGAUUGACCGCGAUGGCAAUCUCAAACUGGCUGAUUUCGGCUUGGCGAGAGCAUUUGGUGUUCCACUGAGAACCUAUACUCACGAGGUCGUGACAUUAUGGUAUCGCUCGCCUGAAAUCCUUCUUGGUGGCCGUCAAUACUCCACUGGCGUCGACAUGUGGUCUGCCGGCGCUAUCUUUGCUGAGAUGUGUACCCGCAAGCCAUUGUUCCCUGGUGAUUCCGAGAUUGACGAGAUUUUCAAAAUCUUCCGCAUCCUUGGUACUCCAGACGAAAUUAUCUGGCCUGGCAUCACUUCCUUCCCCGAUUAUAAGCCGACUUUCCCCAAGUGGAAGCGUCAAGAGCUCCGCUCACUUGUCCCGGGCUUGGAAGAGGAUGGCAUUGACCUUUUGGAGGCUCUGCUCGAAUAUGACCCCGCGCGACGAAUCUCCGCCAAGCAGGCCUGCAUGCAUCCAUACUUCCAACAUGGCAGCUCCUACUACUCUGGUCGCGGCCGGAGAAAUAAUUACCACUAA